AUGCUACGUCUAUCUAGUAGAUGUGUCAUCGCUCAGCGGAGACGGCGACUCUCGCCAGACGUGGCAGCAAGAUUUUCGCGAAAGCAGGUAGUUUCAACGCGGCUGGACUCUUCAAGAGCUUCUAGCUCCUACGUCGGUCGAGUUCUUCUCGCGAGAAGAACAGCGACUGGGUGA